AUGAAACUUCAAAUCGCAAUUGUCAUUACUUCGGUUAUGCUUAUUGCAAAUUUAGCAGGAAUUUACAUAGAUGUUUUCAUAAAGACAAAUCCAGUCAUAUCGCCCAAUAACGACCUUUCGGAUAAAAAUACUACAAAUAUUACACAGCCUUUAAUAUUUUCGGAAAAAGAGAAACAAAGGGCUAGAUUUCCUAAAUUUGAUGCACUUUAUGAAGAUUAUAUUAAGAAACACAAUCGAACAGUUGCAAAAUUAUUGAACCAGACUACUAAAGUUAACUCAGCAAAGCUUCCAAAAGUCAUUGUCGUACAGUCUCUUAUGUAUUUAGGCUUAGGGAAUAGGUUACCUGCAUUAGCGUGUGGUUUUCUUUAUUCUAUAGUCACUGAUAGGUUAUUUUUUAUUGAUGGGUUUUAUAAUUUUGAUGAAUAUUUUGAGAAAGAUUUUGACCAUGACUGGAAAAGUGUUGCAAACUUAUAUAACAAUAGUAGAUCCAGAUAUUUACAUGACAAUAACCAAAAUGCUUUUCAAUUAAUAACUAGAGGAAAUCUUAGUAAUGAGGAAAUAAAUACAUAUGACAUUUUAUUUGUGAGAACAUGGGAUUAUGUGUGUGCUCCGUUAAUUUCGAAUCCUAACUACAAAGAAUGGAUUAGUAGCAUAAUACCGAACAAUAAAGUAUAUAAUGCCAUUAGUCAAAAGUUAUUAAGGAUAAAACCCAAUAUUACCGAAAAAGUGGAAACUUUUAUAAACAAUAAUUUUGGAGAGUAUAAUAUAGGAAUUCACAUAAGAAUGAUAAAGAAUAUGAUGAUUGGCAAUACUAUAACACCUAUCGAAAAUUUUUGCAGUGCAGCAAAGAUGUUGAUGAUUGGAACAGAAAAAAAGAAUGUAACAAUCUUUGUGGCUACAGAUAAUAAUAAUAAUCGUGAUAUUUUAAUAAAUUGUCUUCAUAACUCACUUGGCUCAAUGAAUGAUUCGACAAAGAUUAUUCACGCAAGUAAUGAUAUGGACGUAAUUAAUCCCAUUGGUGGCAAUCCCGGUACAGAAGUAGAAGCUAUUGUCGAUUUGAGUAUCCUUAGUUAUUGUGAUGAUCUAGUAGUUACAUUCGGGUCAUCGUUUAGCUUUUUGGCAUCUGCAAUGUUUUAUAAAUCAUUGCCUCUAUGGGGACCGUAUGUAGUAAUGCCAGUAAAAAAUAACGAGGAUGAUUUUGUUAUUGAUAAAAUAUGGUUAUGGAAAGCUACAUUUAAUGAACCUUGUAUGUACUUUAGUAAAGCAUUAUUAAAAGAAUCCGAUCCUGAAACUAUCGAAGUUUUUAAAACAAAUCCAUUUUGGAUGUAUUAUAGCGAAGAAUGUACCUAG